GGAAAGGAAGCGUUUGUCGGUUGUAGUGACUUGGCAUUUCCUGAUGCUCCCUUUUGACACAAGCGCCACUCUGUGAAAGUCACUUUUUGGUCGCGUUGCUUCGGGCAGUGGCAACGGCCGCUGCUCCUUGCCGGCUCCUCCCUGCAGCCCCGAGGCCCCCCAGGACGCACCUCUCUUCAUGCAGCCCCGUCCCCCGGUGGACCAUGGAACACCUGGCCGCUUUGCCGCCGCUGCCUGCCGUCCCGAGCCAGAAAGACUUGGCCUACCUGCAGCAGUGGCUGGAACUCUUCGUGGCGAAUUUUGAGAAGAUCAUCAGUGUGCAUUCCCUGGAACCCAGGAGGCCGGAGGAGUCCGUCUCCGAGAUCCCGCUGCUCCCCCGGGACGUCCUCCAUGUGCUCACCCAGCAGCUGGCUCACUGCGUGCCUCAGAGCGCCCGCCAGGAGGUGGCCGAGGCGGGCCUCGGGCAGGCCCUCCUCAUCGUCAAGUUCUUCAUCAUCAUCUGCAGGAAUCUCGAAAACGUCCAAGCUGACCGACCUCCGGCGUUUGUCCGAGAAGUGAUCAAUCUGCUGUCUGCCUACUCGCGGAAGCUCAAAAGCACCCAGGGGCAGCCUUUGCCUUCCCAGAGUCGGCUGGAGAAUGUGACUCUCUACGCCCUGCACCUUUCGGAAUGCCUCUUCGAUCCGUACCAGACGUGGCGUAGGCAGCUGAGCGGAGAGAUUGUCAGCAUGAAGGAGAAGAGCAAAUACAAGUUCCCGCCAGUGGUGCUGCCUCCCGAGUUCAACUCCUUUUUCCAAGAAUGUUUCCAAGAAGGCGACGAGCUUCCGGAGGCCCUGCAGCUGCGCCUCAUCCAUCUCUUCGGAGCCGUUCUCUCCGGAGGCAAGCACAACGCGCUGCUGGCGGUCACCCCGUCCUCAGUCGAGGUCCUCAUGCUGGUGCUCCGGCGGUGGUGCUCCCCGGCCGGCGGAGCCCCCCGGGACCCCCGCCUGCUGCAGCUGGCCCUGAAGAGCCUGGUCCGGAUGGUGCACGUGCUCCACGGCAGCAGCCCCGGGCAGCGCAAGGUGGAGAUCCGCGCCAUCGUGGACUGCUACUUCAAGGUGCUCAACGCCGACCAGCCCAUGGCCGCGCGGGACGGCCCGCCGGGCCCCCGCUGGGAGGAGCGGCUCGUCGCCCUCCGCGUGAGCAUGCUGGAUGCCAUCCCAGAAAUGCUGAAUUGCGACGACCGCCCCGUCCUGCAGGCCUUCUUCCUCAGCAACAACUGCUUUGAGCACAUCAUCCGGCUGAUCCAGAACAGCAAGCUCUACCUGAGCAGCGAGCACAAAGCGCCUGGGAGUGAUCUCGCCCCGCAGCCGCCGACCGAGCCGGAUCCCCGUCAGGUUUUCAGCGGCAAUUCUGAUGUAAUCGCCAUCCACGCGAUUGGGGUGCUCACUUCCAUUAUGAGCAGCUCUCCCUCUGCUAAGGAGGUCUUCAAGGAGAGGAUUGGCUAUUCUCACCUCUACGACGUCCUCAAGAGCCAGAGCCAGAGCCAGCCGUCCCGGAUGCUGCUGCAGGAGUUGCUCAACAUGGCCGUCGAGGGCGACCACAGCUCCGUCCCCCCGCGCCUGAUCCGCAACGAGCAGCCCCUGCUGAUUCUCAUCGCCUGGAUCCCGGAGCUGCAGUCCCCAGACCUCCAGGUCUUCCUCUCGGAUCGGCUCCGGCGGAUCUGCGACGCCUCCCUCCAGAGCCGCACCACCUGCGUGAAGGCCGGCAUGGUCGGCUGCCUGCUGGACGCCCUGUGUGCCGCGGAGCCGCGGCCGGACCCCAGGUGCUCCGGCGACCUCCUCCACCUGCUGCAGGUGCUGGGCGGCCUCUCCAUCCAGCCCGGCGAGCUGCGGCAGCUCCUCCAGCUCCUCCGGACAGAGCCCGGCCAGGGGCCGCACCCCUACACCGUCCAGGUCGUCCGGGCGCUCUCGGGCAUGGCCCGGGGGGACACGCCCAAGCGGGCCCUGCAGUAUUUCGACCUCACCCCCGGCAUGGCCGGCAUCAUGGUGCCCGCCAUCCAGAAGUGGCCCGGCGGCGGGUUCGCCUUCCAUGCCUGGGUGUGCCUCGUGGAAGAGACCCAGGACUCCCCGGAGGAGGCGCCCCGGCUGAAGCGCAAGCAGCUGUACAGCUUCUUCACGGCCAGCGGCACGGGCUUCGAGGCCUUCUUCACCGCCGACGGAGUCCUGGUCGUCGCCGUCUGCACCAAAAAGGAGUACAUGACCGUCGCGCUGCCGGAGUUUCCCUUCAACGAUGCCGCCUGGCACUGCGUCGACAUCGUCCACGUCGCGGGCCGCCGGCCCUUCGGCCAGAACCUGGUGAACGUCUUCGUGGACGGGCAGCUCCGGAAGGGGGUCCAGUUGCGCUUCCCCUCACUCAGCGAGUCGUUCACCUCUUGCUGCAUCGGCUCCGCGGGGCACCGCACGACGACCACAUCCACCGGCCCGCUCUCGCCGCCGCACUCCCCGGACCUGGGCUUCCCCUCCCACCCGCCCCUCAGCCGCUCGCAGUCCUUCCCGGCCUCUCUGGCCGCCCCCGCCUGGACCCCCGUCCCCCCGCAGCCCCCCAGGGAAAGCGCCGUCGCCACCACAGCCGCCGGGAGCCAGGACACCGAGUGGGGGGUGCCCACCUCCCUCGAGGGGCACCUGGGCCCCGUCGCCAUCUUCUGCGAAGCCCUCCAGCCCGCGCAAGUGAAGGCCCUCUUCGCCUCAGGACCAAAUGUCGCAUCGCCGUUCAAGCCUGAAGGGGAUUUCCUAGAGCUCAGCAAUAAACUGCUUCUGUACUACACCCCGCAGGCCUGCAAAAACAACAUCUGUUUGGACCUUUCUUCCAACCACUUCUUUGAUGGGAGGCUGACGGGGCACAAACGGGUGAACUGGGACAUCAAGGACGUGGUGAACUGUGUCGGCGGGAUGGGGGUGCUCCUUCCCCUGCUGGAUCAGCUGGCCUCCCAGAAGAAGGCGUCCGAAGAUCAGCCGGAGACCCACGACUUGGUUGGCCCGGAGCUGACCUCCUCCCGGAAUGCCCAGGGCAUGCUCAUCCCGCUGGGCCAAUCCGCAGAGAGCCGGCUGGAAAGGAACGGGGUGGCAGCCUUCCUGCUCUUGGUCAAGAACUUUCUCCGGGGGCACCCCGUCAAUCAGGAGAGCCUGGUCCAGUGCCAGGGGCCCGCCAUCAUUGGCGCCCUGCUCCAGAAGGUCCCCAGCCAGGCGAUGGACAUGAACGUGCUGAUGGCGUCGCAGAUCCUCAUGGAGCAGGUGGCCUCCGAAGGGCACAGCCUCCUGCUGCACCUGCUGUAUCAGUACCUGCUGUUCGACUUCCGCAUCUGGAGCAACAGUGACUUCGCAGUCCGAUUGGGUCACAUCCAGUACCUGUCCAACGUGAUUAAGGACCACAAGCAAAGGAUUCGCAAGAAAUACGGCGUCCAGUACAUUCUGGAUUCCAUCAGGACGUAUUACGGCUCUUGCAAAGAGAAACCCGUCGCCACGGAUGACAUCCGGACGGUGCAGACCUCCCUCUUCAGCUUGAUAAAGGACUUCUUCUGCAGGAGCUUCUCCACCGACGAGAUGCAGAGUACGCUGAACUACCUGGCCGCCGUGAACGACGAGCACCAGGUGUGUGGGGUGCUGGAGGUGAUCCACAGCCUGCAGAAGAGCUCCCCUUCCCAGGAGCAGGUGUACACGUUCUUAUUUGAGCUGGGAAACGUGGAGAUCCUGUUCUCGCUGCUCGUUCAGCGGAAGUUCUCGGACGAGGUGCGCGAAAGGGUUUUCAAGAUCCUGUACAAGCUGUUGAAGUACGAGAAGGUGAACGAGCGGAGCAAACACCGGCUGAAGCUGAAGGACAUCGGCUACCAGGGCUUCAUCUCGUUCCUGAAUGACGUCCCGGUUUCCAUGCUGCUCUUCCGGUGCCUCUUGGAGCAGGUGCUGGGAUCAGACUCCCCGAACUACAAGGAUUUGGUGGCUGUCGUGUACCUCUCCCACCGGGCAGAGCUGCCCGUGCGGCUGGACGUUUGCAGAAAGCUCUUCCACCUGAUCUACUCCCAGAGCGACGUGGUGAAGCAGCUGGCGCGGCUGGCCGGCUGGCAGGACACGCUCACCAAGCUGUACGUCAAGGAGUCCUACGAGUCCCGCCAGCACAGCCUGUCCGGCUCGGCCAACGGCACAGGCUGCCCCCCCGACCUGCUGAGGAGCGCCAACCCGCCCGGGGCCGAGGCGGGGAGGGAGCCGCCCGACGUGGCCAGCCCCUCGGCCUGCGACCCACCCGACCUGGACGUCUUCCUCCCGCUGGGCUACGAGGGCUCGGACCACGAGCUCUCGGAGGGCUUCUCGGACCACUCCGUCUCGCCCACGGGGCAGCGGAGCCGGCCCUUCCACCCCGACGGCGCCUUCAAGUCCUUCGACUCCCUGGAGCUCGCCAGCCACGGCUCCUCGUCCAACAUGGACAUCCCCGGGCAGGGCGAGGGCCGGGCCGGCGAGGCGCUGCAGCCUGACCGCGUCUACUGCCCGCUGUCCCCGUUCUGCAUGUCGCCCUUCGACCUCGCCCUGGACCUGGGCAGUGCGAGCUCCACCGCGGAGAGCGGCAACCAGACGCCCGUCAGCCUGCCGGGGACUCCGUCCCCCCUGGAGAACUUUAAGCCCUUCCCCGGCACUCGGGCGCGGAAGAGCUCCAGCCUCUCCAACGUGCUGGACGAGAGCAGCUACCAGGAGACCCUGCCCAGCGACACCAUCUCCAACACGAGCAACCCCCAGCAAACUCCCGAGGAGGAGCUGUGCAACCUGCUGACCAACAUCGUCUUUUCGGUCACCUGGCGAGGGGUGGAGGGCUGGGACGAUGCGGCCUGGAAGGAGCGGGGCCAGGUCUUCUCUGUCCUCACCAAGCUGGGCUCGGCGUGCGAGCUGGUGCGCCCGCCGGACGAGAUCAAGCGCAGCCUGCUGGAGGAGAUGCUGGAGUCGGCCCUGACGGACCUGAAGGACCCCACGCCCGCCAUGCUGCCCGGCCUCACCCAGAACGCGCUGAAGCUGCUCCGCCUGCUGCAGGACUUCCUCUUCGCUGAGGGGCACAACAACCAGGCCCUGUGGAGCGAGAAGGUGUACGAGGGGGUCAACAGCCUCCUGGACAAGCUGGGCGUUUGGUACCACCUGGCGAACGGCACCUCUGACUUGAAGGAGAUGGCCCAUAUCGGCCUCCGGGUGUUGAUUGGGUACAUCAUGAUCGAGGAUGUGCAGCUGCAGGCGCUGGCCUACGUGAAGCUGCACAGCCUCCUGCAGACCGCCUCGGCCCUCAGGAAGGGGGAGGCCUGCUACCUCCUGGGCAAGCUGGAGGCGCCCCUGCGGCGCUCGCUGCACGCCAAGUCCGAGGCCUUCUCCUGCCUGGUGCCCGUCAUCCGCACCCUGAUGGACCGGUGCUACGACGCCCUGCAGCUGCAGCACUUCCUGCCCUCGCUGCCCCCCACCAACGGCAGCCCCACCUUCUACGAGGACUUCCAGGGGUUCUGCACCACCCCGGAGUGGAUGGCCUUCAUCGAGAAGCACGUGCAGCCUGCCAUGGCUCAGUUCGAACUGGACACGUUCGCCAAGAGCCACGACCACAUGUCCAGCUUCUGGAACUCCUGCUACGAUGCCUUGAUGAGCAGCUCGCAGAGGAGGGAGAAGGAGAAGGCCGACAGCAGGAGGAACUUCCAGAGACUUGUCCUGGAACCAGUGAUGAAGCGGACGAAGCUGGAGAACAUACGGCACACGAACAUGCUGAAGCAGGUCAACAAUCACCACACCACCGUCCUGAAGCAGUGGCGGGCGCUCAGGUGCUUGCUGACUUCCCCGCGCUCCGCCUGGGCUGACAGGAACCCUCCCGAGAUGCACUGGAAGUUGUCCGGCGCGGAGACCUAUUCCCGAAUGAGGCUGAAGCUGGUGCCCAAUUACAACUUUGACCGCCACGUGGAGGCGAGCGCCCUUCGCGACAACCUGGGCGCUGACCAUUUGCACCACCCGGCCGAGCCGCUCCCCUUGGCCGUGGCCAGAGAAGCGAAGGUCAGCGAGCUGCAGGACGACCAGCUGGCUGAAGAGGACCUCUCCUUCCUGGAUAGCCACGUGGAGCCCAAAGAGCAAAGCCAGCGGGAGAAGCUGGUGAUCUCGGAGGACUGCGAGCUGAUCACCAUCGUGGCCGUGAUCCCGGGCCGCCUGGAGGUCACCACCCAGCACAUCUAUUUUUACGACGGCAGCAGCGAGAAGGAGGAGACUGAGGAAGGCAUCGGCUACGACUUCAAGCGGCCCCUGUCCCAGCUCCGGGAGCUGCACCUGUGUCGCUACAACCUCCGCCGCUCUGCCCUGGAGUUCUUCUUCAUCGACCAGGCUAAUUACUUCCUCAACUUCAAGAAAAUGGUCCGGAACAAGGUAUACUCCUCCAUUCUCAGCCUGCGACCCCCCAACCAGAUCUACUUUGCCAGCCGCUCGCCGCAGGAGCUGCUGAAGGCCUCGGGCCUGACUCAGAAAUGGGUUCAGAGGGAGAUCUCCAACUUUGAAUACCUCAUGCAGCUGAACACCAUUGCCGGCCGCACCUACAACGAUCUUUCCCAGUAUCCCGUGUUCCCAUGGAUCCUGCAGGACUACGUCUCGGAAACGCUGGACCUCAGCGACCCCGCCUUGUUCCGGGAUCUCUCCAAGCCCAUCGGGGUGGCCAACGGGAGGCAUGCCAAGGAGGUCAAGGAGAAGUACGAGAGCUUCGAGGACCCCAACGGCACCAUUGACAAGUUCCACUACGGGACGCACUACUCGAACGCAGCGGGUGUCAUGCACUACCUGAUCCGCACCGAGCCGUUCACCACGCUGCACGUCCAGCUGCAAAGCGGAAGAUUCGACUGCUCCGACCGCCAGUUCCACUCCAUUCCCACGGCCUGGCAGGCCUGCAUGGAAAACCCUGUGGAUGUGAAGGAGCUGAUCCCGGAAUUCUUCUACUUCCCCGAAUUUCUGGAGAACCAGAAUGGCUUCGAUCUGGGCUCACUGCAGAUGUCGAAUGAGAAAGUGGGGGACGUCAUCCUCCCCCGAUGGGCCAAGUCCCCGGAGGAUUUUAUCCACAAGCACCGCCAAGCCCUCGAAUCGGAAUACGUUUCCGCCCAUCUCCACGAGUGGAUCGACUUGAUCUUUGGAUACAAGCAGAGGGGCCCAGCAGCCGUGGAAGCCCUGAAUGUCUUUCAUUACUGCACCUAUGAAGGGGCGGUAGACCUGGACGCGAUCGCCGACGAGACGCAGCGGAAGGCUUUGGAAGGCUUCAUCAGCAACUUCGGGCAGACCCCGUGCCAGCUGCUGAAGGAGCCCCACCCGGCCAGGCUUUCUGCCGAAAACGCUUCCCGAAGACUCUCUCGGCUGGAUACUGCUUCUCCCAGCAUCUUUGAGAACCUCGGCCAGCUCAAAUCCUUCUUCGUCGAAGGCAUCAGUGACGGGAUCCCGCUGGUGCAGGCCGUGGUCCCCAAGAAUCAGGCCCACUCCUUCAUGACUCAGGGCUCUCCGGAUGUGCUGGUCACCGUGAGCGCCAACGGGCUGCUGGGAACCCACGGCUGGCUCCCCUACGACAAGAACAUCUCCAACUAUUUCAGCUUCACCAAAGACUCCACCGUUUCCAAUGCAAAGACCCAGCGCUACCUGUACGGCCCCUUCGCCCCGGGGGUGGACGUGUCCUCGAAGACCCUGGCCGUCUCCCACGACGGGAAGCUGCUCUUCAGCGGCGGCCACUGGGACAACAGCUUGCGCGUCACGGCGCUCGGCAAAGGGAAGGUCGUGGCUCACAUCAACAGGCACAACGAUGUGGUCACCUGCCUGGCCCUGGAUCUGUGCGGAAUCUACCUCAUCUCCGGCUCACGAGACACCACCAGCAUGGUCUGGCAGGUCCUCCAGCAGGGCGGCUUCUCGUGCGGCCUGGCACCCAAACCCGUCCAGGUGCUCUACGGGCACGACGACGAGGUCACCUGCGUCGCCAUCAGCACGGAGCUGGACAUGGCCGUGUCGGGGUCGAAGGACGGCACCAUCAUCGUGCACACGAUCCGCCGGGGCCAGUUCAUGCGGUCGCUCAAGCCCCCCUGCGAGAGCUCCCUGCCGGUGACCAUCUCCAACCUGGCCGUGGGGCACGAGGGCCAGAUCGUCGUCCAGACCACCGUGGAGGGCAGGGCCUCCCUGAAGGACAAGUUCGCGCUGCACCGGUACUCCAUCAACGGCAAGCACCUGGCCUCUGCCCCGCUGGAGGAGCAGGUCAGCUCCCUGUGCGUCACGGAGGACUUCGUCGUCCUGGGGACUGCCCAGUGCUCCUUGCAGAUCCGAGACCUGCAGAGCCUGCAGGCAGCCGUCGCCCCUUUGGCUAUGAAGGUCCCGAUCCACAGCGUCUCCGUGACGAAGGAGAAGAGCCACAUCCUGGUGGGCCUGGAGGACGGGAAGCUGAUCGUGGUGGGAGCGGGGCAACCUUCCGAGGUGAGGACGGGGCAGUUCCACCGACGGCUCUGGCGCUCCACCCGCCGCAUCUCGCAGGUGUCCUCCGGCGAGACGGAAUACAACCCGGCAGAGCCCAAAUAGGGGACCGGCCCGGCUUGCGCGCCCAUUUCCGUGCAGCGUCUCCAGCCCCGCUGGCCGCCUGGGGCUGCUGGAUGGCCUCCUCGCAUCGCCCGGAGCGUCGCACGUGCAAACCGCCACGCGGCCUCCUCU